AUGGCCAAUGGUGAAAAUGUGAUUAGAAAUUGGCUUUUGUAUUCUAAAUCUCUUAAUCGAGUAUUUUGUCUCUAUUGUCGUUUGUUCCCGUCAAAGUCUACAUCAUCUUUGGCCUCAAUAGGAUUUUCAAAUUGGAAACAGAUUAGUGAACGUUUAAAAGAACAUGAAUUAUCUAUUCCACAUACUAAGGCUCAAGAAAAAUGGAUACAAUUACGUAUGGGACUUGAUCUUCAUAAAACUGUAGAUAAUAAUAUACAAGAUAAUUUAAAUAUUGAAAAAGAACGUUGGCGUAGUAUUCUUAAACGUAUUAUUGCAUGUAUAGAGUUUUUAGCAGAACAUAAUGACGCUUUUCGUGGUACAAGUUCUAAAUUAUAUACACCGAAUAAUGGUAAAUUUUUAGGACUAAUACAAAUGAUUGCAAAAUUUGAUAUUAUUAUGGCCGAUCAUUUGAGAAGUGUAUGUAAUGAUGAAAUACAUGAUCAUUAUUUAGGACCUAGUAUUCAAAACGAACUUAUUAGUAUUAUUGCCACAAAAAUACGUGAUGAAAUAAUUAAUCGCGUUAAACAGAAGGAAAUAAAAGAACAAUUACAAUUAAUGAACUUAGACCUGAAAAAUUGCCGUGGCCAAGCAUACGAUAAUGGGGCAAAUAUGGUCGGCCGAAAACAGGGAGUACAAUCUCGAAUUAUUUCAGAGAACCCAAGAGCUUUUUUUGUACCAUGCACUGCGCACAGUCUUAAUUUACUUCUCGGGGACAUGGCAUCGUCUGUACCAGCUGCUAUGACAUUUUUUGGCGUAAUUCAAAGAAUUUAUACAAUGUUCAGUGCUUCUACUGAAAGAUGGACUAUUCUUUUAAAAUACGUUUCAGACUUUACUUUAAAACCAAUGUCAGAUACCAGGUGGGAGUCUCGGGUUGAAUCGAUUAAACCUAUUCGUUUUCAAUUAGGCCAAGUACACGAUGCUUUAGUAGAAGUCAGUGAGUUAACAAAGGAUCCUAAGAUAAAAAGUGAGAGUUUGUCUUUGGCAAAUUAUGAAUUUUCUUAUGAUUUUAUUUUAAGUGUUGUUAUUUGGUAUGAACUGCUAUCUGCUAUUAAUAAAGUUAGUAAGAGUCUUCAGAGUGAAGCUAUGGAACUGAGUAAUGCUGUUCAAUUAUUAAGUGGUCUUAAAGAUUUUUUUAAUAAUUUUAGAGAAAAGGGGUUUGAGUUAUCAAAAAAAACUGCACAACAAUUAUGUGAAGAUAUUGGAACUCAACCAAUUUUUAAACAAUCUAGAGUUCUAAAAAAAAGUAAGCAGUUUGAUUAUGAAUGUAAUGAUACACGAACAGUUUCUAACGAACAAAAAUUUUAUCAAGAUUAUUUUUUGGCAUUGGUAGAUCAAGCAAUUGUAUCAAUUAAUCAACGAUUCGAGCAAUUAUCUGAACAUUCAGAAAACUUUGGAUUUUUAUAUAAUAUUGAAAAUUUGAAGUUAUUUGAAGAUGAAACAUUACGAAAGCAUUGCAUGGAUUUAGAAAUAUUAUUAAAGGACGGUGAAAAUUGCGAUAUAAAUGGAAUUGAACUUUUUGACGAGUUAAAAAUAUUUUGUAGAAUUUUGAACAAACAAAAAACCAGUAUCGAGUGUCUUGAUUCAAUAGAAUCAACAUGUGGUUCAUUUCCAAAUAUUUCUAUCGCGUUAAGAAUAUUAUUAACUCUUCCGAUAACAACUGCAAGUGCUGAGAGAAGUUUCUCGAAGUUAAAAAUCAUUAAGAAUUAUUUGAGAACAACUAUGGUGCAAGACCGACUUUCUGAUUUGGCAAUUAUUUCAAUUGAACGUGAUUUGUGUGAAAAUAUAGACUAUAACGACAUUAUUGAAAAGUUCGCAGAAAUAAAAGCCAGAAAAAUUAAUUUUUGA